AUGGGCUCGACGGUAGACAUCACCUCCUCGUUCAUUGAGGGUGCGCCCUCUGGGGAACUCCAAGAUGUGAUCAAAGACAUCAAAGCCCUCACCUCUGACGACGACCCGGCGCUGAUCGCGAAGCUGAAGCCCGCAUUUGAGAAGUACAAUGAAGAGCAGAUGGUGGCUGUGAAGCUACCUGGGGCGAGCGAUUAUGUCCUCAUAUCCUCCUACAACAAACUCUCCUCCGGCCAAUACUACGACACGCAAUCUUCGACGUCCUUCUCCUUCGACCACGCAACCUCCAAGCCCUCCGCACCACAGUCCUACACCCACGACACCAAGCACAGCGACCUCGUGUCGUCAAUCGUAAAACACCUCUCUAGCCACUUCGCCGAACAUUACCCCCCGACGUCCUCGCCCUCGGCGUUUACCGUGUGUGCCACGCCCGACGAUUCCCAGGUCGCCAUCCUGAUAUCCUCGUUGAAAUCCUCGCCCAAGAAUUUCCUCAGUGGCCGGUGGAGAACUGCCGUGCUCUACAACCCGUCCUCCAACACCCUGUCCGGCAGCAUCAAGGUCGACGUGCACUACUACGAAGACGGCAACGUCGCGCUGUCGACCAGCAAGAACUUCUCGAAUGUGACGGUCGACGGCGGAGGCAGCGGUGACAGCGUCGUGAGGAAGAUCGCGGCCAUUGAGAAACAGUACCAGGAAGAGGUGAACAGAACGAUCGUCGGCAUGAACGAGACCAGCUUCAAGGCCCUGCGGCGGCAGUUGCCCGUCACGAGGCAGAAGGUUGAAUGGGAGAAGAUUCGAGGCUAUGGGCUUGGAGGAGAUCUGAGGGGCGAGGGCAAGAGGUAG